AUGGUUUCCUUUAAUGUUAUUGUCUGCGGUGGUGGUUUAGGUGGUCUUGCUGCUGCUAUUGGCUUAAAGAAAAAGGGUCACCAAGUUACAAUCCUUGAAGGAAGCGCGGCUCUUAACGAAGUUGGUGCUGGUAUUCAAAUGCCACCAAACUCUGUCAAAAUUCUCAAAGAGUAUGGCAUCUUUGACAAAUUUGAGAAAUACGUCACCAGACCAAACAACAUCAUUUUGAGAAGAUAUGACACUGGUGCUGCAUUGUCCACAACUCCUUUGGAUCCAGACAUGACUGAUGCUUAUGGUAACCCAUACUUGUUGAUUCAUCGUGCUGAUUACCAAAAAUUAUUAUAUGAAGCUGCUCUUGAUCUCGGUAUUGAAUACAAGAAUGGUUGCAGGGUUCAAAAAGUUGACCAAAACACCGCUACUGUUAUUUUGGAAACGGGAGAAAGAUAUUCUGCUGAUUUAGUUGUGGGUGCGGAUGGUAUUAGGUCUCGAGUUAGAGAUUCAGCAGUUGUUCCAGAAGAAACUGUUCUUCCAACUCCAUCUUCCAAUUGUGCAUUCAGAGCCACUGUACCAAGAGCAGAAAUGUUAUCGGAUCCGGUUAUUGCUCACUUGAUGAGUGAUGUCAACUCCAAUUGUUGGAUCGGAUAUAGAAGACACGUUAUGGCUUACCCUAUAAGAAAUGGUGAAAUGUACAAUAUUGUGAUGUCACACCCUGGCCAAGCUACUGUCGGUAAAUGGAACGAACCAGGUAACGUUGAAGAAAUGAGAAACCAUUAUAAAAACUUUGAUCCGGUUGUUCGUCAAUUAUUAACUCACGUGAAAUCGGUGUUGAAAUGGGUGUUGGCUGAUUUACCAAAACUACCAAGAUGGGUUUCACAAAGUGGUAAAGUUGUUUUAAUUGGUGAUGCUGCUCACGCAAUGUUACCGUACUUGGCUCAAGGUGCUGCUCAAGCUGUUGAGGAUGGUGCUACUUUAGCUGAAGAGUUAGACCACUGUGUAUCUACUGAAGAUAUUCCAUUAGCUCUUCAACGAUACCAAAAGAAGAGAAAAAGAAGAGCUGAGACUAUUCAAGCUGGUGCUAGAAAGAAUGGUGAUAUUUGGCACUUACCAGAUGGUGAUGAACAAGAAGAAAGAGACUCAUUGAUGAAGGCUAGAGACGGUCAUAACCCUGAUCAAUGGUCCGAUAGAGAAUUUCAACAAUGGUUAUUUGGGUGGAAUGCAUUCACCAGUACUUUUGAAUCUAAGUUAUAG